GUUUCUCCCUCGACCUAACCUCGCAGGCAAAAUAAAAACAAUGUGGAGGUGUUUUCGACGGUUCUCACGUUGUGUCCCCAAUUUGGAAUAAUUUUGUUGAUUUUUCUGGUGUAAUUCACUGUUUAAAAUGAAAAAGUUUCAGCAAAAGAAGCAAAAGGCGAAACCAAAGCCAGUCCAAGUGGAGGAAGAUCUGAACGAUUCCAUGAUCGAAAACGGAACCGACGAGGACUCGAACGAUGAGGACGCGGACGCGUCCCCGGCCGGCAGUGACAGUGGCCACGAAAGUGGCGGCCGAUUUGUUCGCGCCCCUGCCAGCAGUAAGGAAUCGGCCCAAGCCACAAAACGCAAACUGCUCGAUCGCGACCAGGCGGAACAUCAGCAAAAGAUCAAAGCCAUGAAGCAGCUGUACAAGCCUCCGACGGUCGAGGAAAUCAACCGGCUGAAGGAGACGGAAAACUUUUACCACUCCAACCUGUUCCGGCUGCAGGUGGAGCAAAUGCUGGGGGAGGUGCGAGUGAAGGCCAAGGUGGCGAGCUUUGUCGAGCGGUGGUUGGGCGAUUUCCGGAAGUUUUUGAGGACGGUGAAGGAUGGGGAGGGGGAGAGGGGGUUGGACGAUGUUGGGUAUGAGGGGGUGGAGUUUCCGCUUGAGGUUCCGGAGAAUGUUGAGGUGCUUCAGAAGGUGAAGUUUCAAUUUUUGCAGCAGAGGAUUGUGCACCAGAUUGGCGCGAAUAAGCUGGGGACGGAUUAUGGGAAGCCGAUUGUGGUUGAUUUGUUGUUGGAGAUUCCGGAGCGGUGCUUCCACAAGGAAGAUUACCUCAACAUGAGGUAUCACUUUAAGCGGGCACAUUUUCUGUGCCAUUUGGCGGAACGGAUGGUUGGGCAGACGAAGUACGAGCUGGCGGGGCAGGUUGGAUUUGUGGCGUUGAAGGGGGAUUCGCUGAAGCCGGUGCUGGAGGUGACGCCGAGCGAGGAGAAGUUCGCCGGGAAGGUGAAGUUCGUGAUUCACGCCGUGGCGGCGGAGAAGUUUUUGCUGAAAAGGUUUGUUCCCGAGAAGAACAACGUUCGGCCGGCGAUGAUUGGGAAGGAGGUAACGGAGGAUUACAAGCUGUGUCCGACGCCGCACUACAAUGCGUCUAUUUUGUACGAUUUGCGGUUGCUGAAAAACCAGGAAGUGCUUGAAAGUGUCGUUCAGUCGGACCACGUGCGACAAGCUAUAAUACUGCUCAAGGUGUGGAUUCGUCAGCGGCAGUUUAACGAAGGCUUUUAUGGGUUUGAUGGGGCGUUGGUUACGUUUUUCAUAGCGUAUCUCAUUCAGAAUCGCAAGAUCUACAACACCAUGAGCAGCUACCAGAUCAUUCGUAUGUUUUGGAACCAGAUGGCCAACAGUCAGUGGGACACGGAGGAAGUUACGAUGGAAUCGACGGGCACAGAAUCAACCAAGAGUUACCAUCAGUUCUACGAAGUGGUGUUUCUGGACAAUUCCGGGCUGCUGAACAUUUGCGCCAAUCUGUCGGGUGAGUUGUACCGCCGGGUGAAGCGAGAAUCUGCAAUCGCGAUCCAGCUGUUGGACGACAAGAAAGUCAACAGCUUUAUACCGCUGUUCCUGAACAAGUACCCUGUGUACACGCAGUACGAUCACAUUCUGAGCAUCGCCAAACCGGAACUAAUUCAGAACGUGUUGGAGAGUUUUGGCAGCGACGACGACAAGCUGAACUACUUUGGAAAUCCUCACGGACAUUUCCGGAAGAUGAUAACCCAACUAGUACGACGAGGACUGGGUCCUCGCGCCCAGUUUGUCGUCCCAAUCGAAGUUGGAGAAGAUUCGCCGUUGAAGCUUACCCUGGGUAUUCUGCUGAAUCCGAAGGAAGCAUUCGCCGCCGUAGAUAAGGGACCGGAAGCGAUUGACAAGGCGGCCUCCGAGGAAUUCCGUAACUUUUGGCGCGGCAAAGCCGAGCUACGUCGCUUCAAGGACGGCUCCAUUACGGAGUCCUGCGUGUGGGGCAGCAGCGGAGAUCCGAUCGGUACAAAGCGAUCCAUCUGCCGCAAGAUUGUCACGUACCUGCUGAACGCGCACUUUGACAUUCCCGUGCAGAAGAUCACGUACGCGGCGCACCAAUUUGAGGUUUCGGUCAAACCCAGCGACGUGCAGGUGCACGAAACGAUCGAGGAGCGCUCGCUGGCCUGCAUUCGAGCGUUUGACGUGUUGAGCAAAAUCAUGAAAAAUCUCGACAGCUUGCCGUUGACGAUCAACGCACUGCUCGGGACGGAUGCCGUGUUCCGGUACAGCGAUCCUGAUCCGCCACGGGCAACGGCUCGGGCCUUGCGGGACGAGCGCGGUCAGUUGAGGUUCCGAGCGAAGCGGGCUCUGAACGCCACCAUUCAGCUGGAAGCCAGUGGAAAGUGGCCCGAACAGCUGGAGGCCAUUCGGCGGUUGAAGACGGCGUUCUACCUGAAGAUUGCUGAAGCGCUGCGGAUGUACAAGAACGCGUCGGUAAAGGUAGUGCCGCAGGCCAGUUCCCAAUUUCUGGACGUUUUGUAUGAGGGCUACCUGUUCCGUUUCCAUAUCGUGCACCAGCGGGAGAUCAACCUGCUGCGAGAGUACCUCUCGGAGAACAAGAUCACCAAAUUGUACCGCGACUCGGACCGCAGCAUUCAGCUCGAGAUGCGAGCGACAAUCCUGCCCAAACUGACCAGCAUCUUGCACGGAUUGCACCAGCAGCACUUUUCGUUCGGCUCGGUCGCCGCCAUGGCCAAACGGUGGCUCUACUCCCAGCUCAUCGAUCCCUUCCUGUGGCCGGACGAGUGCACCGAACUCCUAGUGGCCGCCCUCUACCUCAAGCAAGAUCCCACUCUCCAACCACAGGCCGGGUUCCUCCGCUUUCUCCACUACCUGGCCAACACCGACUGGAGCAAGGAGUUGGUCCUGCUGAACUUCAACGAGGAAAUCCCCGACGAAAAGGUGGAAGAACUGGAAAAGCAAUUCAUCGAUCGACGCGACAACUUCCCUCCAUUAGCCAUCGUCACGUCCUGCGACGCAGACAAGUUCGGACUGCUUGCCAAAGCCGCACCCACCCAGGCAGUCCUGAACCGGGUCGUGAUGCUGGCCAAGGUCGUAAUUACGCAGAUCGAGGAAAAUUUCUCCCUUGUUCGCAGCAAAGUUCACAUCUUCUACCAACCCUCCUUCACCGGGUACGACCUGAUCAUCAAGUUGAACACCCGUCUGCUCCCUCCCGUCGGCAUCACCCCCGUCGCGAACUACACCCAGGGUCGGCGUACGACGACGAACGUCGAACACGAAUCAAUGCCGGGCUUCAGCCCGGCCGAAUGCUAUCUGGCGGAGCUGCGCGAAGGCUACCGCAGGUACGCCCUCUUCUUCUACGACCACUGCGGGGGCGAUCGGAUUGCGGUGCUCUGGAGACCGGACGCGAUCGAGGAGAAGCCGUUUACGAUUUCGAGUGUGAGCGGGAGGAUGCUCUCAGGGAAGGACGUUCUUCAGCUGAACAAGGAUGCGUUGGUUCGGGAUUUUGAGAUCGUCGGAAAGGGACUAGUGGCAAGUAUCGAGCGAAACAAUUGAUCAAGGGUGAAUGAAGGUUGUUAUGAA